AAUCAUAAAAGAAAACCAAACUCCAGCAUGACAACCACAACUCCCCUCAACUUUGCAGGUCCAAUGGGAAAAUCCCGAUGGUCUCUAGCCGGAAUGACUGCUCUCGUCACCGGUGGUACACGUGGAAUCGGUUAUGCCGUGGUGGAGGAACUAGCGGAGCUAGGGGCGGUGGUGCACACUUGCUCUCGUAAUGAGGCUGAGCUUAACCGGUGCUUACAAGAAUGGUCUGCCAAGGGUUUUUGCGUCACUGGAUCCGUCUGCGACGUAUCUUCUCGCCCCCAACGUGAACAACUUAUGGAAAAAGUCUCGUCAUUUUUCGGUGGCAAACUCAACAUUCUAAUAAACAAUGUUGGGACGUACGUUAUGAAACCUACCAUAGAGUAUACCGCUGAUGACUUCUCGAUGCACAUGGCUACCAAUUUCGAAUCUUCUUUCCAUCUGUGUCAACUCGCACAUCCUCUUUUAAAGGCUUCUGGAGUUGGAAGCAUUGUGUUCAUUUCCUCAGUUGCAGGUUUGGUUCAUAUUCUUUCUGGAUCAAUUUACAGUGCUACCAAAGGUGCAAUAAAUCAACUUACAAAGAAUUUAGCAUGUGAAUGGGCAAAAGACAACAUCCGCACCAACUCUGUAGCACCAUGGGCCACUAAAACUCCGCUUAUCCAAGAUUUACUUGAUAAUAAGAAGAUUAUGGAUGAGGUGGCACAUAGAACGCCUCUAAAACGUCCUGGAGAAGCGAAUGAAGUUUCAUCUCUGGUAGCCUUUCUUUGCCUACCUGCUGCUUCUUACAUUACUGGCCAAACGAUUGCCGUUGAUGGAGGAUUUACAGUUCACGGGUUUUAGUAAAUGCAACCUGUCAUUUUGCUUGAAGAGUUCCUUUUUAGGAAAUGCAAUAAAGUUUGUCAAUUUGAGUAUUAGAUAACAUAUGUUUGGUUGGUAAAACAAUAACAAUUAAAACGUUUGAAUAAGUUA